AUACAGUGGGUGCAUAGAGGUAUGAAAUAUAGAGUGGCCAUUUAACAUAUGGAGCCAUCUAGAAAGGAUUUUCCUCAGAAUCUCCCAAAUGAAAUAUAAUCCUACACUCUACCUUCAGCUGGGAGUACAAAGUGGCGUCCGAACUGAAUCCGGAAGAUUUACCCCUCAUAGUCAGUUCAUUCUUCAAAACUAUAACCAACUACGAAGAAAUCUUAACUUUUCUCAGUGUUCUAUAUUCAACAAAACAGCCGUUUUCCCGACGCAUGCGUACUGGAGCUUCUGAGGCCGUUGCGUUGCUAAGCAACAGGCGAAGCUAACGGCUCCAAGAAAAGAGCCUGGGGAUGCGACGUCGCCCACAAGUCCUAGCAAAAGCUGGGAGAUGUGCUGAAAGAAGCUAAGAAAGCUAAGAUUGAGAGAAAAGAGCAAACCCAGUGAAUCAGCAAUAAGGGGAAACAUUGUUUGGUUCCAAGUUGUGGACAUUGCAAUAAGAGAGGCAAUUAAGCUCAGAAAAUGGGUAAAAAACUAAAAAAGGAAGUGGAGCCUCCUCCCAAGGAUGUGUUUGAUCCUUUAUGUGUUGAAAGCAAAAAAGCUGCAACGGUGGUACUCAUGCUUAAUUCUCCUGAAGAGGAAGUUUUGUCUAAAGCAUGUGAAGCCCUUUAUAAAUUUGCAGCAAAAGGUGAAGAAAAUAAGAUGACACUUCUUAAGCUUGGAGCUGUGGAACCUUUGUUUAAAUUAGUUACACAUGAAGACCCUAUUGUCCGCAGAAAUGCAACAAUGGUAAUGGGGAUCAUGGCUUCUCACAAUGAUGUGAAGAAAUUAUUAAGGCAGCUUGAUGUCACAAGUGCAUUCAUAGCUCGACUGGCUCCAGAAGAAGAUGUGGUGAUUCAUGAGUUUGCCAGCCUUUGUCUGGCCCAUAUGGCAGUUGAAUAUAACAGUAAAGUGCAAAUAUUUGAGCAAGGUGGAUUAGAGCCGCUUAUCAGACUGUUGGGAAGCCCUGACCCUGAUGUGAAGAAGAACUGUGUUGAAUGCAUCUAUAGCAUGGUACAGGAUUUCCAAAGUCGUGCUGCAGUUCGUGAAUUAAAUGUGAUUCCUCCAUUGCUGGAUCUUUUAAAGUCUGACUACCCAAUUAUUCAGUUGUUAGCUCUCAAAACUUUAGGUAUCAUUACCAUUGAUAAAGAAACUAGAGUGAUGCUAAGAGAAAAUCAAGGACUAGACCACCUUUUGAGGAUACUAGAAACUAAGGAAUUUAAUGAUCUUCAUGUGGAAGCCCUGGGAGUGGUGGCAAAUUGUCUUGAGGAUGUGGAGACAGUGCAACUGUUUCAGGAGACAGGGAGUCUCAGAAAACUACUUAUGUUCACCGAAGUUUCCACUCUUCCUGAUUUUCAAAGAAAUGCAGCGAGGGCCAUUGCUAAAGCAGCUAACUAUUCUGAAAUCAGAAAAAUCUUCAAUGAACAAGAAGUUGAAAAAUGCCUUGUCACCCUUUUGAGAACAAAUAGUGAUGGAACUAAAAUCGCUGCUUCUCAAGCCAUCUCAGCUAUGUGUGAGAAUUUGGCCAGCAAACAAACCAUUGGAACUCUAGGAAUUCCCCAGCUGGUUCAGUUGCUAAGCAGCAACAAUGAAGAGGUAAAAGAAGCUGCUGCUACAGCUCUGGCUAAUCUGACAACAGCCCAUCUUGGCAAUGCAAGUGCUGUUGCAAAAGCAAAUGGUAUUAAACCCCUAAUCAACCUCCUGAGCAUAAAACGAGAUGGAGCUGUUGCUAGUGCGGCUACUGUGCUCUCAAACCUGGCCUUACAAGAACCCUUGCGUGUCAGCAUCCAGAACCACGGUGUAAUGGCCGCACUUGUUAAACCACUAAAUUCCACCAACAGCAUCGUGCAGAGCAGAGCAGCUCUUGUUGUGGCUGCCGUCAGUUGUGAUGCCGAAGCCAGAGCUAAGUUAAGGAACUCAGGUGGUCUUGAUCCUCUGGUAAAACUCCUACAUUCUAAGGACAAAGAAGUCCGAAGAAAUGCCUGUUGGGCUGUGAUGGUGUGUGCAAGGGAUGAAUUGACAGCCGCUGAAAUGACCAAGCUGGGUGCCUUAGACAUUCUUGAAGAAAUUAACCUAUCCAUAGGGCGUAAAAAUAACUUCAGCGAAGCAGCUUUGGACCAAAUACUUGAUCACAAUCUUUCCCAGAAGUAUAGUCAAAUGGGCUAUUUAUCAUGCAAUAACAUCAUUUCAGAUGGCUUCUAUGAUUAUGGACAGAUAAAACCUGGAGUUAAAUUGUUGUCUCUGGAGGAACUCAGUGGUCAGGAGCUUAAUGAUCGCCGUGCUAUAAUCUUAAUAAAUGCUAAACUACCAGAACCUGAACCCACCACUGUUACUCCUGCAGACGAAAGAGCAAUGCAAGAUGGAAUUACUGGCCGAAUUGCAUCUUCUGGAGCAUUAAAAAAAACAAGUAAAGAAAAAGCCAGUCCAGUGGAAGAGAAGUCAGAAUCUCCCGCAAGGUCUUCGUCAAUCAGCAAAGGAAGCAGUAGAGAGAAAGGAUCAAGAAAAGGGAAAGGGAAAAAAGAUGAAGAGAAACCCAAAGAAGAAGACAUAGAGCCUGCUAUGCCUAAAAUAGCAGAAGAAGUUCCUGAAAAGGUUGUAUGGCUUCCUCCUCCUGACACCACCUUGCAAGAUUACAUCAAUGAAGUUUCCAAAACAAUUCUGCCACUAGCAACCACCAAAGAACAGGUUGUACAGCUUGCACAGUUUGUUGCAGACAAGAUGGGUGGUCCAAUUGAAAGAGACAAGUUGCAUGAAUUCAGCUGGGAACUUCAUAUAAGUGAAAUAGAAUAUGAGCUUAAAUGCAAUGUUGUGCCUAUUGGGAAGAUCAACCGAGGGACCUUUUAUCACAGAGCUUUACUUUUCAAGGUUCUGGCAGACAGAAUUGGCGUGAGUUGUAGCUUAGUCCGUGGCGAGUACAAUAGAGCAUGGAAUGAGGUGAAAUUAAUUGAUCACUCUCCUAUGGGAAUACUCCUGCUUCCUCCCCGAGUAUUUAUUGUCGAUCUCAUGUACGAGCCAGGCCACCUGAUGAAAGAUGGAAGUCCAGAAGCAGAUCGCUAUCGGCGUAUUUCAGGAUCUUUUCGUCACAACCAAAAGGAACUUCUCAAUUAGUUUUAUUACAUUUGCACAGAGUGAAUUCCUUGGCUUAUUUCAGAGCUGAUUUGGGUGCCAAGUACUGCACCUUUGUGUGUACAAGCCAGUCUGGAAGGAGCUGUGGGCCUGUCUUUUCCCUAAUAAAACCCCUGAAACUCUAAUAUCUUUCAACUCAGAAAACUCUUUAGUUUCCAUCAUACAGAAUUUCAGAACAAGUCUUAUGCAUGUCUUUGAUGCAUUGCUUAGAAUAAAAGCAGAUAAUGUAAAGUGGUUGCUAAUUAAUGUUUGAUAAAAUGUUGGUUUAACAUUUCACAGACCACCAGGACAUUCAUUUAACAGCUGGAGAUCUUUUCUUGCAACUUGUGAAAUUCUUGCUUUUUGCCUUAUCUUCGCUAUAUAUUUGUUUUAUAAUUUUAUUUAUGUGUUUUCCCAAAAAGAUACAAUGAAAGUGGGGGAACAUUGUUGUGGUCUAGCCCUUUCAUUUUUGUGUUGGUUUUAUGUAUUUUCCCUUUCCCAAGAAGUUCAAUAAAGGUUGCCAGUCGGUACUAUU